AUGGCUCCGGCUCCCGAUGCUGCGGCUCUGGAGAGUCUCGAGACCCUCGUCAAGACCGCAGGGGCCCUUCUGAAGCAGCUCCAGGACGUGCUGGGGGAAAUCCGAAACAGCCCAGAUGCCGUCUCGACGCCGGCAACUUCGUCAACGUCGACAGCGCCUCUCGAUGCCCUCGCUCUGGCCCGUGACUCUGCCACUCUGAUCAAGGCCCAUGCAACCAAAGUCUCGCUGCUCAUCAUAAACAAGCCCUUCACUCCAAGCGCAAUCUCGUCCGUGGUCCGCGAGCUCGUCACCGGCCCUGUCCCCGGCCUUGCGGCUUCCGUCCAGGCUUGCGAUUCAAACGGAUACACUCUCACAUUCCGGCGCGAGCUGGCAUGGAGGUGUCAGCGCGUCUUGUCGGAACUGGCCGAUCUCCUGCAGAAGGUCCCCAAGGAUGGGAGAGUCUUGGCAAAGGAAAACGAAGGGUUUGGUGCUUCGGGCAAAGGCAGCAUUGCGUCGACGGGUGUCCUCUGGGCUUCCUGCGACAAGGUCAUUAGCCUUGCUAAUGGCGGUGUCAGUGGAUAUUUUGUGGAAAAGAUGAACGAGUGCAAAGACACGCUCACCGACAUCGCGGAAGAGAUGAAGGAAUGGGGCGACGAGGAACCUGAUGAAGACGACAACGACGACGGCGACGAAGAUGAUGAUGUUGAUGAUCUUGCAGACCAAGUCGGGUCCGCCCACAUAUCAACCCAACACAUUCUCGACGACCUUAUGAACUCGCACCGAACCAUCCCCGCCUCCGACCCUGACGGCAUCCGGCCCCGUCUCGAAUCGUCACUCCGCCGCCUGCGUCUCGUCAUCCUCCUAUACCAAGCCAUCACCAAGCGCCGCAUGAAGAGACUCCCGCCCCUGCCGCAGAGCAACGCUGGAGACAAAGUUCCGCGCCGACUAGACGAGCUUGCUACUCUGCUGCAGAAGCUCCCCAAUAGUUUUGGGGACUUGGCGUGUGCGUUUUACGAGCUGCGGCCUAGGGAGAUUGACGAUGCCAUGGACCAGUGCUUCCUCGAUGCGUUUGCCGUGAGCGAGCUGCUGAGUGAGAGCUGGGACGGUUCAAGAGACGAGUUUACGGAGUGGACAGAAAAGUUUCAGAAGGAGAUUAAAAGAAUAUAG